AUGGCCAAGGUAGCUCUAGCUGUUAAUGAUUUCUAUACAAAUGUCGAUGAUCAGCAACUUGAAAUUUUCUGUCUUAUCUGGCUGGAUGAUAAUAUUCAAGCCAAAGAUAAUCGCGAUACAGAACAAAAAUUACGUUCUACUAUUAAUCGUCUCAAGAAAUUUCAAGAUAUAGAACGAUGUCAAAAAUAUAUUGAACAACGGUCACAAAAAGAUCGGCUAAUAAUGAUUGUGAGUGGUCGAUUAGGGGAAAAAAUAGUUCCUUCCAUUCACAGAGUUCGACAAAUUAUUUCAAUCUAUGUAUAUUGUAUGGAUAAGGAAAGAAAUAAACAAUGGGCUAGUAAAUUUGCAAAAGUAAAGGCUGUUGUUGUUGAACUUGAUGAACUUGUAUCUCGAAUUAAAGCUGACUAUAAAAUUCAGAAAAUCAUAGAAGAGCCAUUGGCAAUUAAUAUUUUCACUACUGGUUCUAGUGCUGGUAAAUCGACUAGCGGUGUAAAUGGUAAAUUCGUUUUCUCACAAGUUCUUAUUGAUUGCCUUUUACGACUUAAGUCCACUCAAACGGAUACUAAAGAACUUAUUGAGCUUUGUAAAGAUGAAUAUAAAGGUAACAAUUUUGAGUUAAGCAAUCUUCGUGAAUUUCAAAAGGAGUAUACUCCUGACAAAGUCUUAUGGUGGUAUACACGAGAUUCAUUUUUUUACAAGACUCUGAAUGC